GAGACCCCAUUGAACUCCCGCCAAAACCCCAAAGGCGGCAGAUCUACUUCCCUUAAAUUUCAUACCUACACCCACUCCCGCCUUGUCUUCUCCAGCUUCACUCAAACAGUCAUACCCCAUCUCAUUUUCUCUCUCCUCUCUUCACUCUUCCAGCUGAUUUUCAAGUACGCUCAACUCUUCUGCAGCUCGAUUUCUUCACAGGAUCACAUUCUACAACAGUUGAUGGAGCUAAGAGGCUGUAAUCAGCUACACUUUUUCACAAUUAUUAAAGGUGGUGAAGUAAUCAAAGUCCUAAAUCUUGCUCGAGGAAAUCCAAAGCUCAAGUUGAAGAACAUUGAAGAAAUUUAUUCUUCCUUUGACUCAAAAUGGCACGAUUCACUUACAGAAUGUCGAAAAGCUGAAAGAUCACUGGCUAUGCCUCAUGGUUUUGUUGAAGUAAAGACUGAGGUUAAGGUUGAGCCUAUAAAAGAAGAGAAUGGGUUUGAUAUUGGUGCAAUGACAUUGAGGCAGAUAAAAAACAAUUGCAAACGUCACAAAAGGAAAGCUGCAAGAUCUAUUGAUUUGACAACUGUUAAAAAGGAAGAUGAUGACCAUCGAAAUAAAGAGGGCAAUUUUGAUCUCAAAGAAACUCUUGGUAGUUUGAAGCGCAAGGUAGUCAUGAAAAGAAAACCUAAAAAGAAAGGAGAUAUUAAGUGCAACUCUAUAUCGUCUACAACUAACUCUAUAGAUGGUAGAUCAAAGGACACACCCGCCAAUCUAGAUUUACUUGAUGUCAGCAGCAAAAUCUGCAAGCCAUUGAAUAACAAAGUUGAAGAUAAUAUACAUGAUUACUCACUACUGCAAGCCAGAAGCUUAACUUUUAGUGAUGACCCCAGAUGUAUUGUUAGUGACUCUGUCAAAGCUAUUGAACACUGCUAUCCAGAUCAGGUUCUUGAUACAUAUUCAGUAUAUCCUCAAAGUGGUUAUCUAGUGCAGCCUGUAGCUUCUGGAAAUUCAAAAUGUGAUCUCAAUCAAGUUUCAUACGAACAUCUGGAUUGUGCUAUGAAUCCUCUAAUUUCUGAAUUUCCAGAUACUAAAGAUAUUAUGAUGGUAGAUAAUUCGUUAGUUGUGAGCCAUCAGCCUUUGGUAUCUCGUGUCUCAGAAGCCAGUAGAGAGGAAGACAUGACUGAUGUUAUGGUAUGUGAUGAACCUACUGAAACAGGUUUGCUUGAAAGUGGCGAUAGCUCUGAUAUUCAAGUUGUUCGUCCUCGUUAUCUCCAACCUUCACAUGGUGGAAAUCCCUCUUUAAAGGUGCAUGCUUCUGUUAUGGCUCCUAAUAGGGACUGUCAAACUGCUGAAAUCAUCUACCCUGGUGAAUCAAUAGAGUCAAAGGAUGAAAAUAAAGAUAUUGAAAAAGUCGUGACAAAAGCUGUUAUCAAUUACAAUUCUGAGGUAAAAUGUGAUAAUAAGUUUUCUUCAGUUAGUUGUAUGGCUUCCCUGGAUGCCUCUAUAGCUAGAGUUGAUGAUCUACAAUUGUCGGUACUUGAUGCUAUUACUGAAGAGGUACCAGCAUCUACCAUGGGUCCAAAGAGUUAUUGUCACAAUACUGAAUUUAUUACUAAUGGUGAAGCUAGUAGAUCUUUGGAUGACAGUCAAGAUCCUGAAGCAAAAGCAAUAAGAAGAGAUGUCAAGAACUUUGAAGUAGCAGUGCAAGAUGAAAAUCAUUUGCCUUUGAUCCAUAGUGUGGAUUCUUUGUGCAAUGUUAAGUCUGCAGUCGAACACAAGCAAUCUUCGUUACCUAAUGAUGCUAUCACCCCUCUAACCUGUUCUCCGAAGCCUUGCAAUGCUAUUGACCAACAGACUGGAUCUGCAGUUACUGAAGAGUGCUGCAUAGACAAGCUGGAGCAGCAACCUCCUGAAAGGCUCUUUUCAGCCCGAAAGUCGAUUUCUCCAAAUUCUAAAGAAAGAUUACGCAGGGCUUUGAAUUGUGCUGAAAUACAAGACAAUACUCAUAAUCUUUCUUGCAAGGAGAAACUAUUCCCUGAGAAGAAUUGUGUUGUCAAUUCAUCUUCACAGUCAAGUUUAAAAAAAGCUCGGAUUAUCAUUACAUCAAAAAGACUGGAGGCCUUACGUACGACUGAGAUCAGAGCCAAUAGUAGGCAAAUACUGAAGAAAGGAAAAUAUGAGAGAAAAAAUUCUCUUAUAAAAGGCACUGUUAAUGGUCCUCGGGCUUCUUCAUCAGUACCUGCUUCCAGUGUGUGCAGUUCUCAAAGUUGCUCAAAAAAUGCCAUUGCAUUCUCACAGCAGCAGAUGAUCGAUACUGAACGCCUUGCAUCGAAACUUUUGUCAGAUUUGCAUUCAAUGAAAGAAAUGGUUGUAGAUACAUUAACGUGCUCAACGUCAAGACAUAACACAGACAAGGCCAGAGUAGCAGUCGAGAAUGUCAAAAAGAUUGAGGAAGCAACAAAGAAGUGGUUGUCCAUGAUGUCAAGGGAUUGCACUCGUUUCUGCAAAAUUAUGGAAUUAACUGAAAAAAAUGGUGCUUCUCCUGUAAAGAGCAAUGAUGAGCACAUCCCAGAUUCGGAGAUAUGCCAGAACAAUCUCGUCUCAGAGACUAAGCAGGAUGACCACAAUCUUUCGCCUCCUAAAAGUACAGUUUACAAGGAGAAAAAAAUUAUAUUUGCUGAUGAAGCUGGAGAAAGCUUAUGUCAAGUCGAGGUUUUGUAGGCUAAUAGAACUGAUUCCCUUGUUAAAUCAUUUGUAAGGGGCAAUACAUACCUGCAAAAUUUAGUAGUACAUUGUAACUGUAAUUGUAGUUAUUGUAAAUAUUGUUGUAAUGUUGGACGAUAUGCGUGGUUAUGCCCUUGGACUCCGGCACAUGUUGGCCUGGUUUGCCUCACUGGAAGAGGCCUUUAUUUUUAUUUUUUGUAAUUUUUACUGUCCAUUUAUUCUGUGAAAGUCACAUAUUAGAACAUUCAAGCAACUCAGGAGUAGAGCUGUCAAAAGUUGACCCGACCCGAAAUACCGACCCGAACCCAAUUAUUAACCGACCCGUCUAAACCCGAAAAAAUGAUGACCAGAACCCGAUAUGACCCGACCUGAAAUCAACCCUAGACCCGAGUUAACCCAAGCA